GCCUAAAACCGGAGCGUUGUGCAUCUCCCUGCUCAUCUCUGAUAGAGUAGUAUAUUCUUUAUUUUGAGCAUGUGAGUACGUAUUGGAGCAUAUUUGCCCAAUGUGUGCGGGUGUGUCAUGUGUUUUUGGCGGUGCUUCAUAUUUUUCAACAUUCAUAAAGCUAAAACUUCACUAUUUGAAUAUUUUAUAUCAAAUAUAUUAUAUUUUAAAGCUUUUCUGAAUCCAACAUAUGUGCAAUGCUAAGGGAAAUGAGAAUAUGAAGAGAAAUAUCGACUGGAACAUCCACAGUGGAAUUAGAUAGGGAUAGUUAGAAUUUGAUGUGGUGCUAUGUAGAAUCUCAUAUUUGGUAUGAAAGUACCAUAUGUUGAUGGAAAUGUAAUUAUUUUAUAUUAAUAUAACUAUCAGUUAUAUGGCUGUAGCAUAACAUCAGUGGAUCUUGCAAAAAUAAUUUUUGUAACCUUUAUAUGAUGCGCUAUAACAGUUUGGUAAAACUGAAUCACUAUGGUGUCCGUGACCUUGGAACUAAGGCCUCGUCUUCGAUCCUGCAAUGUCUUUAUUUAUAUGCAUGGUGCAGCAGAGCCAGAGUCUAUUCGCCUAAAAUUGAAUGAAGACGCAAUAAUCUUUGGUAUUGGAGAGAAAACGACAACCUUGUCUUCGUCUUCUAUUAAAAUAGUUCCAAAAUCUUUAUCUCUCCUAAGAGUAACUAGCAACUGGAUUUCCUUUCGUGUACAAACAAAACCGAUAAACUCCUCAUAUGGAUCAUUUGGUACAGAAAUACUUGGUGCUGAAUUAGUAGAGAUUGAUACUGUCUUGCGAGAUUUAAAGGGAAAUACAAUAUUGCCAACAGAAAACUCAGAAUUCAGGUUAUCUUGUGUAAAUUGUAAAAAUGAUAUUAUAAAAACAGUUAGUUUUAAGAGAGUCUUGCCAUUACCAAGAACUGACUGUGAUCCAAGUGAAUGGUUUUGUUGCAAACAUGAUGAAAAUAAUGAAUCCUCAACAUUAUUGAGUCCUCGCAAAUCAGAUUAUUUUUAUGGAGCAUAUUAUUGUGUUCUGCACAAAAAUAAUCUGUGUGACCAUGUCAAAAUUGAUAAGAAAGUUGUUGUUUGUGGUAAAUGCUUAUCAAUUAUAGGUAUGCCCUGGGACAAUGUUUCUGUUAAAAUCUGGAAUUGCUGUAUAGAGUAUAAGACAUCAAAGAAUCCUUUGCCAAUGAAAAUAUCAACAGCUUUGGACGACUUUUUACUUGUUAUUCUUGAUAGUGUUGACACUGUCCCAGGCAGUAGACUUUUAUUGGAAGCAACAGAGGGAAACCAUACUCAUUAUUUAUUGCUUCAGCCAAUGGACUGGCAUUUGGAUUUACUUGUCGAGCCAGAAAUAUUACCGAACAAUAAAAAUUUAGUUAACUUGCGAAGAAUUCGUGUCAUUAAAGUUUUAUAUAAGUAUGGGGAGAAAAAAGCAGAUAUUAUUUCGAAUUCUAGCGAGUUUCAACAAUGCCAUGUAGCUUUGCCGAUUAUGCUAGCAGGUGUAGAACAACUUUUACUAUCAACGAAACGUGUGCCUCCUUCUUAUCGUGUUGCUGAUGAAUAUUACAUUGGUUAUGUAUAUGUUCAAAAAGUUACUGAAAAUGGUGUACUACCUAAGAAACAAUAAGUAACUACAAUUAUAAUUAAAUAAAUCUUUGAACCGCGUCAAA